AUGACAUUCAGAGUUGUUGGGCUGCUAUUCGCCUGCUUAUCGUAUCAUGCUAUUGCCAAAAUUGAUGUUAAUCACGACAGGCACGUAGACAAGGAGGAGAAGCACAAAGUAGUCACUCACAAACAGCAAGAGCCGGUCGAUCAUCGGAAAUUAUGAAAGCGACGAGAUCAACUUGGUGCUAUUGAGUCAAUUGUUAAUAUUGAAGAGUCCAAGAGAAGACGUUACGUUGAAGAAGUGGUUAAAAAUGUGAAGGAGAUAUUAGAGGAAAAUCGUGAAACUCUAGAGCGGAUCGGUCAUCGCGCCACGGAUCCGUUUCCUAAAGACAGUGAAACUCUACGAAAUGCUUUAUCUAAGGUUCUUGAAAAUAUCGCGUUCUUUGCCGAUUUGUCUGUGAGAUUUUCAUUUUUGGAAAAAACAAUGGAGAAGAAUCGUAAACUACGAACAGCUGUCGUAUGGGCGUACAGCUAUGCUAAAGAUAGCGGACUAUGUGACAGCGCUACAUACAAGGUUUUGGAUUUGAUGGCGCAACAACAUCUGAUAAUUCCUAGACCUGAGAAUUUUGUAAAUCCUUACGACAAAGAACGUGCCAAAAAACAACUAGAAGAACAGGAGCGGAUGGAUCGACAAAAACGAGCAGAAGAAAAGAGCCGCAAGCAUUCCAAAGAGAAGAAGAUUUACAAAACUGAACUUUGA